AUGGCCGAAAUCACCGAGAUCCCCUCAGCAAUACCCACCUCAAUUUCGAGCUCUACGAAACUUUCAAUAUUGGAUCUGCCAUCUGAAACGCAGAAGGAUAUCCUCAAAUAUGCUUCCUCCGCAGAUCUCAUUGCCCUCUCCCUUGUUUGCAAGCAGUUCCGAGACCUGGCCGCAGAGCAAUUGUACCGAACCUUUCACAUAGUCUUUCCCGACGAAGAUGAUCCGGCGAACGAAUCUCCAAUCGACGGGCUGGCAGGCGGAUUAGAUACCUUGGUUACCAGCGACUACGACUACGCCAAGCAUCUGCGAGAGAUCAUAUUGGAGACGGUAAGUGUAGGCGACAAGGGCGAGCGUGCAUAUCGCCAUUAUCUGUACGAUGUGAGCUGCGGCAAGUUCAUGAACACAUUGCUGCACCUGACGUUGCGCAAAGCUCGGGCAUUGGAGACCUUCAAAUGGGACAUUCGUGUUGAGCUUAGUCGUCAAGUAUUCAAGGCGUUACAUCAGAUCCAGGCACUCCAACAUCUGCAAUUACGGAUGCAGGCGGGCCCUUCGAAUUACCAAGCUCCUCCAGCCUUACCAAUAUUGCUACCAACCACCAAUCCAAACAGUGCAGAUCCCACACCUUUACCCCUCGGGUUAUAUGGACCUAAUACUCCCAAUUCAUUCUCCCUUGGCAGCAAGAUCUCGACAAAAUCCAGCCCCAAGAAUGCUCCUAGUAUUCAGACAAUACCUCUAACGCUUUCUGGGUUCAAGAAUUUAAGAACCCUCUCAAUCUUGGACAUGGACACACUGGACUACAUCGACGAACUAAAAGUCUGCGUACAAAACUGCUCUUCGACUCUGAGUACACUGAAGCUAUCCUUCUCAGAAUCUCUGGCAAACAGAUCUCGGAAACCACCACCAGAUGUCCACUCGGAUGACGACUCUGACCAAGAAGAUGAUUUUGGACUUGGAGGAAUGCCACCACCAAAUCUUCCUGCAAAUACAUCGAUGCCAGCUUCGAAUUUCAAUGGGAGCGCGAAGGCUUUGAGCGCACAACAAGAAAAGAAAAGACAAGAAGCAGUCUUGGGUCGAGUUUUUGGCUUGGAAGCGAAGGUUGUAAAGUCGAAAGUUGCGACUACUGAGCCUGAAAAGGUCACAAAGUCGGACGAAGACCCGAAGAGAAAGUUCAUUCGAAGCCUUGCUCCUGUGGCUGCUACACUGAUGGCUCACAUCAAACCUGGUAGUGAGGUAAGUAUCGAAGGAAAGGAGACACUGGCAAUGAUCGAAAAAGCCGCAGCAAUGUACAUUGAAAGCAUCGACAAGGGGAAAGGCAAAUCCUCUACAACUGGGAGUGACGGUAGCAGUACGACAAAAGCUACUCCAGCAUCAUCCAGCGCGAGCAUGAAUGGCGGAGAUGAUGUGUUGAUGAGUGGUGCUGCUUCGGAGGAACCCGGUCUCUUCGACGACCCUGAAACCCGCAAGAAGAGGACUGGUGAACCGGAGCCUGGACUUCCCAAUCCCGAAGAUAUUGAUGUCGAAGAGCCAGAAGGCAAAGAGUUGGUCAUCGAUUUCGAGGCGCCCAGCACCGAGAGUCAACCUGAAGAGAAUGACACACAAAAGGCAGAACAAUCGUCGACAUUCCAGGUGGACAGUAUCAAUUGGGUCACGAAAUUACAUAUUCUGGAUCACCAUCUUGCCAUUCGAAGCUCCCAUGAUGAUAUCGCCAAACAGGGGGAGCUACUUCGAAAGCGCAUGGAAGAUUUCAAGCUGAAGCUGCAAUCUGGCUCCGUCCAAGACAUCGAUUAUAAAACUAUUGCGGAAGCAGAGGCGGAAUUCAAGCGAGUUUCGAAACGAGUUGAAGACUUGCAGAGAGAAAUGCAAGAAGUCACAGACCAUAUCGAUGAAUUGAAGACCUCAUCUACCAUUGACGUCCGCAUGACGGAGUAUAUUCGAGAUACUCGUGGCCUCACCCUCACAUCUCUUGCAAUAUAUCUCGUGCCCAUCAAAGCCUCAAUCCUGUCUCGAGCCAUUGACAUCCAUGUCCUUCGGAGUAUCACCCUAUUGAAUGUUGGUCCACAAAUCCAAUUCUGGAAUAUGCUGGCGCGAGAAAACAAGGUAUCAGCCUUGCCUCUACAGAAAAUCCACACAGACAACGUCACAUUACCGCUCCUGGCUUUCAUCGCUAAUCUGGACUUGUUGACCGAAUUGUUUAUGCUGGAGCGCACAGCCAAGGCUCGGGUCGAAAGCACUGCUGCGAAGACGACUGUAACCAUCGAUCAGAUUCGCAGAGUAGUUCUCAAGAGGCAUAUUAGCACGCUCAAGGUGCUAAUGAUUCGCAACGACGCUGGAGCAGAAUGGGAUCUAGACGUCAAGACGAUAGUGCUACUCUGCCAUCAAGCUAAGGUGUUGGAAGAAUUGGCUUGCAGCUUUGGCAUUCGUACCAUGCAUGCUCUCCUUCAAUCUAUGCCUAAAAUGGAAUCUCUCCGCGCCAUUCAUACCAUCCAAUUUCGAGUUGAUGAUACUUGUGUUUGGGUCAUGCGUGAGUUCCGCAAAUUUACUGUGGACAUCGUAUCUCACAACCCUGGCAUGAACUUGGAGUACUUGGCCCUUGAAGCUUCAGUUGAACGAUUAGCUCGUCGCAAGUCAACACCCAAGAAGGCAACCAAGGACGGUAAGGGCAAAGGGAAAGCAAAGGAGCUUGAUCUCAUCAGCUCAAGUACCUUGGCAGAGCUGGAGCUCGGAACCUCUGGGCCAAACUCUAGCUGGGAUCAUGCGACUGCCUACUUCGACUUCGGGGAGAGUUCGGACGAAGAAGACGGAUUGGGUAAGUCGGGACUCAGGAUUGAGACAGUUGAAGGCGUCAGAUUCUGUGAUGUCACUGGAGUUAGGAUCUUUGAGAAGGACGUUCUUUCAGGGCGGCUAUGA